AUGGGUAAAGCUACGAGGUGGCUUAAGGGGUUGUUUGGGAUUAAGAGAGACAGAGACCAACACUACAAACCCAGUUCAGAUUCAGCUUUGGUGUCCUGUUUUGAGUACAAGAAAGCUUCAAGCUUUGGCAGAGAGGCGAGUCCUCCUCCGGAGACUAUGCUUUGUCAUAAUCCGGCCACAAUCCCGCCGAACAUUUCACCGUCCGAGGCUGCCUGGCUGAGGUCCUUCUACAAUGAAACAGAGAACGAGCAGAGCAAGCACGCAAUUGCAGUUGCGGCCGCUACGGCCGCAGCUGCUGAUGCCGCGGUUGCGGCGGCACAGGCGGCCGUGGCGGUCGUCCGCCUCACUAGCAAUGGCAGGGGGACCAUGUUUGGCGGCGGCCGCGAGAGAUGGGCUGCCGUCAAGGUCCAAACUUGCUACCGGGGAUACUUGGCAAGAAAAGCGCUGAGAGCUCUGAAAGGACUGGUGAAGUUGCAGGCAUUAGUGAGAGGCUAUUUAGUCAGGAAGCAAGCAACUGCUACACUCCAAGGGAUGCAAGCUCUGAUCAGAGCACAGGCAACUGUUCGUUCUCAUAAAUCCCGGGGCCUCAAUCUCAACAUUAACAUCACUGAAGCCAACAGAUUCGAAAUCCGCGCACGAAAAUCCACGGAGAGAUUUGAUGAGUCUCGGAGUGAGCACACAGCUCCAAGCCAUAGCAGGAGGUUGUCUGGUUGUUUAGAAAACAACAGUAGCUUCAGCACCAUUGAUGAAGUCCCCAAGAUUGUUGAGGUUGACACAGGAAGGCCAAAAUCAAGGUCUAGGAGAACCAACACUUCCAUUUCUGAAUUAAGUGACGACCAAUUUUACCAGGCAGUGUCUUCUCCACUCCCCUGUUGCUGUCCUGGCAGGUUGAUCAUCCCGGACCCAAGGAACUUUCAAGAUUCCGACUGGGGGCUCACAGGAGAGGAAUGCAGGUUCUCCACAGCGCAGAGCACGCCGAGGUUUGUGAACUCCUUCGGGUCUAAUGCGCCGGCGACGCCGGCCAAGACUAUCUGUGCUGAAAAUUUUUACAGGGGAUUUGGGAACUAUCCCAAUUACAUGUCGAGCACUCAGUCUUUCAAGGCCAAGUUAAGGUCUCACAGUGCUCCAAAACAGAGGCCGGAGCCGGGGACGAAGAAGAGGCUUUCGCUUAAUGAGUUGCUCGAGUCAAGGAGCAGUUUGAGUGGUGUUAAGAUGCAGAGGUCUUGUUCACAAGUGCAGGAAGUCAUUAAUUUCAAGAAUGCUGUGAUGGGGAAGCUUGAUAGGUCAUCAGAUUUUAGUAGCCUGCUGAGGAGGUCUUGA